AUGUUAUUGUUUCUACUAUUCUUACCACUACUAAGUGCUGCUAUUCAAUGGUUCCCCUUAGAUUCUGAUGGUAAUAUUCCUAAAAUUCAACCAUACACAAAAAAUCAAGAAAUAUUAUUUGAUUGUAUUCAACGAAAUAUAGAUAAUGGUGAACAUAAAUUUGAUCAACAAAAUAAAAUAAUAUAUGGUCCAUUCCCUAAAUGUAAAGAAACUCAAAAACCAUUAGUAUUCAAGUAUGGUAUUAAUGAAGAUUUAAAUUGUACUGUACAAUUUACUGAUGAAUUAUAUCAUUUAUUUCAAUUAUAUAUUCAUGAAGAUGUUCCAUUCAGUUGUAGAUUACCAAUGUCAUCUGAAAUUGCAUCUAUAGAAAAAGGUGGGGCUUAUAUUCCUUUCACUUUCAAUUUUAGAGGUGAUAUAACUGAUUCUCAUAUUGAUCUUGAUCAUUCAAUGAAUGUCAUAAUUACAAAACCUUCAAAUAAUGAACCUGAACAAAAUACUUUUAUUAGUGCUAUAGCGUAUGGAAGUGGGACAAAUACUACUAGAAUUGUAAUUGGGGAUGAAAUUACUUUAAAUUUUGCAGUAAGAUGGUUAGAUCAAUUAAAAGUUGAUGGAUCAAAAGGUUAUGAUCUUUUAUACAAAGAUGGAUUUUAUAAAUUUGAAUUUGGUACUACAUCGGUGGUGUCAAUGUUUUAUUUACCAUUUGCUUGUAUUAUAACCGCUGUUUUGGUGUUUGCAUUAACUUAUAAAAAGAGAAGGUAUCAACCUAUACUUGAUAUUGAAAAAGAAGACUAA